AUCCACAAUCUACAGCAAAACAUAAACCGAGGCAGAGUAUUCAGUAAACUACCCUGCUCCAACGCCUCGGUGUCCAACCUCACUUAAAUGGCGUUUCAGCUUCUCUUAGCUGUAUUCUGUUGUGUUCUUCUUCUACCUCAACCUGCAUUUGGGAUUACAAGGCAUUAUACGCUGGAAAUCAAAAUGCAGAACGUUACACGUCUUUGCCACACAAAGAGCCUUGUUUCUGUAAACGGGCAGUUUCCAGGUCCUAAGCUUAUUGCUAGAGAAGGUGACCAGGUUCUGAUCAAAGUCGUUAAUCAAGUGUCAAACAACAUUUCUAUCCACUGGCAUGGGAUCCGGCAAUUACGGAGUGGUUGGGCUGAUGGACCAGCCUAUAUAACCCAAUGUCCUAUUCAGACAGGACAAAGCUAUGUUUACAACUAUACCAUUGUUGGUCAACGAGGCACUCUGUGGUACCAUGCUCACAUUUCAUGGCUAAGAUCAACAGUCUAUGGUCCGCUUAUCAUCCUUCCCAAACGCGGUGUUCCUUACCCGUUUGCUAAACCUCAUAAAGAAGUUCCCAUGAUCUUUGGGGAGUGGUUCAACGCAGACCCUGAGGCAAUCAUUCGCCAAGCAACCCAAACAGGAGGUGGUCCUAAUGUCUCUGAUGCUUACACUAUCAACGGGCUUCCUGGUCCAUUAUACAACUGCUCCGCGAAAGAUACAUUCAGACUGAGAGUGAAGCCAGGAAAAACAUACCUUCUCAGGCUAAUCAAUGCUGCACUUAAUGACGAGCUCUUUUUCAGCAUCGCAAAUCACACGGUUACAGUUGUUGAAGCUGAUGCGAUCUAUGUUAAGCCAUUUGAGACGGAUACCAUCUUAAUUGCUCCUGGCCAGACCACAAACGUCCUGCUGAAGACUAAAUCUAGUUACCCGAGUGCCUCCUUCUUCAUGACUGCUAGACCAUACGUCACAGGUCAAGGAACUUUUGAUAACUCUACAGUUGCUGGAAUCUUAGAAUAUGAACCACCUAAACAGACCAAAGAUGCUCACUCAAGGACCUCUAUCAAGAAUCUUCAACUCUUCAAACCGAUACUCCCUGCUCUAAACGAUACAAAUUUUGCUACCAAUAACAUUUCCUUCAUAAUGCCAACAAAAGCUCUCCUUCAAUCUCACUAUUCUGGGCAAUCUCAUGGAGUUUAUUCCCCAAAAUUUCCAUGGAGUCCCAUUGUCCCGUUUAACUACACAGGCACUCCACCUAACAAUACCAUGGUUAGCAACGGGACAAACUUGAUGGUUCUACCUUAUAACACCAGUGUGGAGCUGGUGAUGCAAGACACUAGCAUUCUUGGUGCAGAAAGCCAUCCUCUUCAUCUUCAUGGGUUCAACUUCUUUGUGGUUGGCCAAGGCUUUGGGAAUUUCGACCCGAACAAGGAUCCUAAAAACUUCAACCUUGUUGACCCAAUAGAGAGGAACACAGUCGGUGUGCCAUCUGGUGGAUGGGCUGCUAUUCGAUUCCUUGCAGAUAACCCAGGAGUGUGGUUCAUGCACUGUCACUUGGAAGUACAUACCAGUUGGGGUCUGAGGAUGGCUUGGCUUGUUCUUGAUGGAGAUAAACCUGAUCAGAAACUUCUUCCUCCUCCUGCAGACUUGCCCAAAUGCUGAGAAUUCAUUCCCCAUGAUUCAAGUCCUUUU